UCUGUCCCACUGUGAGACAGUCUGUUGGUUUCCAUUCGUCGUUCGUCUGGAAUGAACUCAGACUGAAGAGAAGAGGAGUGAAGGGAAGCAAAGAGAAAAACACUGAAGAGGAGGAGGAGGAGGAGGAAGGUCUGAACUAAACCUCUUUUCUUCUUCAGUCCUGAAGCUCUGUAGCGUCGACUGUCAGAGAUUCUGCUGGUUGGACUUGUUGUGCACUUUGUGUGCUCACAGCACUGACUGCAGCGUGAGUGUGUGCCGGUACAGCGUCGAACUUCACGGCUGCAUGAACGUGGAAACACGUCCGGAGACGUGACGCUGAGUCACUGCAGACAUUCUGAUGCCUCAGCAGCUUUUCACUCCUCUGCAGGAGAUUUUAUCUGGAAAAGCCGAGCUGAUGAUUGGAAACAUGCUCCGUCCAUCAGCAGGACGAGGACAGUAAAACCUCAGUGUCCAACACGGGACUCUAUGUUGGUCCAUGAAAAUCUUCACCUGCUGUCUGUGAUUCUGUCUCUGUUCUAAGGUCAAAGGUCACUGAUAUCAACGUGGGACUACCAGCUGUUCAUCAAUUGAUCUGAACCAAUCAGAAGACAGAACAGCACCUUCACCAUGGAGGAGUGACAGACAGGAGAGACACCUGUUGAUCAGGAUCUGCGGCCAUGAUGGAGUCCAUCAGAGGGCAAACAGGAAGUCUGAACCUGCUGCCUUUCCUGUUAGGUGUGUUCCUGUUUCACCCUGAAAGCGGCGUCUGUCUCGAGCUGCUGCCGUCGGCAUCUGAAGUUCUGCUGAACUCGAACUCCAACUUCACUGUGGUGUGUUCAGGGUGGAGUCAGGUGACAUGGCAGUUACCUCAGGACUCUCAGGUAGACGGAGUUGCUGUGGAGAAUCGAGGGUCAACCAGCAUCCUGCAGCUCUUAAAUGUCACCUGGAGGAAUUCUGGGAGAUAUACCUGUGAGGAAGCUUUGUCCUAUCAGAGCAGAGACAUCAACAUCUUCAUACCUGGACAAGGUCCAGAUGAAUGGUUCGUCCCCAUGGGUCCAGGUGUGGUGAUGAAGGAGGCGGAGGAAGAUACCAUCCCCUGCGUGGUGUCCAACCCGCAGCUCAAUGUCUCACUGUACGAACGUCCGGGCAGAACUCCGGUCACAGGGAUGACGUACGAGCCAGGACGUGGUUUCACGGGUCGUCUGGACGAUACGUCCUAUGUGUGCUUGGCCUCCCACGGAGACGAGGAAAGGGAGUCCCAGGUGUACUACGUCUUCAGCAUCGUAGUUCCUAAGGUCAUGGAGGUGGAUCUCACAGUGUCCAGCAGUGUGCUGAAACAGGGGGAGGUUCUCACUGUGAACUGCACUGUCAAAGACACUGAGAUGGUUUUCUUCUCCUGGGACUACCCCCGCAGACAGAAAGUCGAGCCAGUGACAGAAUUUCUGCCCAAUCGGAUCCGCUCCUUCGUUAACAUCUCCACGGCAACAGUGACAGAUUCUGGUGUGUAUGUGUGUGCAGUGCAGGAGACAAUGCAGGGACGGACUGUAGAAAAAAACAUCACAGUGACAGUACUCGAUCGAGGUUACGUCUACCUGUGGCCUUCAGGUGAGACCAACGUGUCGUCUCUCCUCCACCACACGGUGGAGUUCAGAGUGGAAGUCGACGCCCAUCCCGCCCCGACUGUCCUCUGGACUAAAGAUAACCAAACAGUUGCCACGGAAACCACUUCCAUCACCAUGACACACCUGACGGGCAGCAGGUACGUGAGCACACUGACGCUGGUUCGAGUCCAGAUGGAUCAGACAGGAAGUUACACAGCAACCGUUUCCAACGAAGAUGACGUUGAGGAGGUCAUGUUCAGCCUGGAGGUUAAAGUGCCCCCCAGGAUAACAUCUCUGUUGGAGGUCAGCAGUAAGGCGGUGCUGUGUGUUAGCGAGGGAGCUCCACCCCCCUCUGUCACCUGGUUCACUUGUCACAGCACACACAGAUGCAGUAAUGUGACGGGCGGCUGGAGGAGCCUAUCUGCAGCCUCAGAGGACGUGUCUCUGCAGGAGAACGUUACUGAGGUGGAGGAGAGAGGAGUCAGCCAGGUACGAAGUGUGUUGACUCUACAGGCUCUCAGCUCUUUGUCAGCUGUUCGCUGUGAAGCAAAGAAUUCUGCGGGACGACGAGUCAGAGACCUGCGAGUGCUGUCCACCUCUCUCCUGUCUCAGGUUGCAGUAUUAGCUGCAGUUCUGGUCCUGGUCAUCAUCGCUGUGUUCUUCCUCAUCAUCCUCAUCAUCCUCUGGAGGAAGAAACCUCGUUAUGAAGUUCGUUGGAAGGUGAUCGAAUCGGUGAGUCCUGACGGACAGCAGUACACCUACCUCGAUCCAACUCACCUUCCCUACAACUCCACCUGGGAAAUACCACGGGACAGCGUGGUCCUAGGUCAGGUGCUGGGUUCAGGUGCCUUCGGCCGGGUCGUUGAGGGGAACGUCUCCGGUCUGAUUCACUCUCAUUCUACAACCAAAGUAGCGGUGAAGAUGGUCAAAUCGCGCAGCAGCGCGGCUCAGUCUCUGAUGUCCGAGCUGAAGGUUUUGGUUCAUCUCGGUCCUCAUCUGAACAUCGUCAACCUGCUGGGAGCCUGCACGAGAGGAGGCCCUGUCUAUCUGAUCACUGAGUUCUGUCGUCAUGGAGACCUGGUGAACUACCUGCAGAGGAACAAACACACCUUCCUGCAAAGCGAUGCACACACCAAGAGAGACACAGACGGAGGUUACAUGGACAUGACUAACGAGGAGAGCGCUCAGUACGUCGCCAUGCAGCAGCUCAGCUACGCUGACAUCGAACCUGUGGUGUACGAGACGCCGUACACGCCGCCAGACCAGCAGGAGGCGUCCUCUGUGCUCCUCAGCGACUCUCCUGUCCUCAGCCUCGGUGACCUCCUCAGCUUCUCCUACCAGGUCUCUCAGGCCAUGGACUUCCUGUCCUCCAGAAACUGUGUCCACAGAGACCUGGCAGCAAGGAACGUCCUGGUCUGUGAGGGCAAACUGGUCAAGAUCUGUGACUUCGGUUUGGCCCGAGACCUGAUGAAGGAUCAGGACUACGUCGCCAGAGGAAACACCUUCCUGCCCGUGAAGUGGAUGUCUCCAGAGAGCAUCUUCCAGAACAUUUAUAGCUCUCAGAGCGACGUCUGGGCUUAUGGCGUCUUACUGUGGGAGAUCUUUUCUUUGGGUGGGAACCCGUACCCUGACCUCCCCCUGACCCAGGAGUUUUAUUCUGCUCUGAAGAGAGGAUACAGGAUGAGCCGACCCCAACACGCUCCCCACGACAUGUUUGAGCUGAUGGGACGGUGCUGGGAGGAGGAGCCUCGGUGCAGACCUUCCUUCUCUUCGCUGGUCGUCUCUGUGGGAAACAUGUUGACGGACAAAUACAACAAGCGUUACCUCCAGCUGACAGAGCACUUCCUGAAAGGAGAAAAUCCAGCUGUUGUUCGAUCCAGGCUGAGUUUAUCCAGAGCUGCUGGAGAUCAGACGGACGAUCAGACGGACGGGCAGGCGGACGGGCAGACGGACACACACGGAAGAGUCACCCCUCAGGUGAAAGGUCACCUGUCGGAAGCGGAACCAAACCAGGCAGGCCCCUCCCACGGCACCUACAUCAUCCCCAUUGCUGAUGUCACCAUAGAAACGAGCAGCGGUGCUGUGCUGGACGCAGUCAGGUACAGCUCUCUAUCAGAUUCUCCUGAUGACUCCACCUCUCAGGAUGCACCAGGAUCACAGGAAGUGAUGUCAUCAGAGGGUAAACAGGAAGCUGAGGAGCAUCCUGCUUCAUCCUGUAGCUGUGAGGAAGAGGAGAGCUGCCUGUAAAGGUUCCAGAUGCCUGACAGACAGAGCUGAGGGUAAAGACGUUUGUCCCAUUCAUUCAUAAAUGUGCCAUCAUCACUGGGUUGUUUUCCCUCAGUUCCGACUGUAAGGCUGCCAGAAGAAACCUGUUUUAACCAGUUGUUUGUUUUUUCAUAUUUUAUUUCUGAACCUUCGUUUUUAAAAGUUUGAGUAAAGCGACAGGAAGCAGCUGGUCCUGGAUCAGAUUUCUAACUUUAUAAUCCUUCAUUUAUUCUUUGUAUUAUUCUGAAGUUUCUGUUCCUGUGCUUUUACAUUCUGAUGCAUAACUGAAGCUUUUUAUUAAAACAUAUGAAUAAACAAAGUCCAGCAUU